AUGACACAAGAACCUUCCGUCGACAUAGCUAAUACCUAUCAACAGAUAAAUGAAGCUGAAAAACAAGCUUUAAAACUAGAGCUGAUGUUGGAUUCGUUUGAGGCAAAGCUAGACUCGAUUUUAAAAGAUGCAGAGAAUAUAACCAAGUCAGAAGAAAAUGGAUCAGGGGAGUGCACUUCCACAGUGCAAGCAAGCUCCAGAGACACCGCGAGUGAAGAAAAGAAAGAGUCUUCUGAUUCUGCAUCUACAGUACAAGUACAAGAGGGAAACUGA